UUUAUAUUCAACCCAGCGAGUUAGAGCUUGUGGAAAUAAUGCAAAGAAAUAUAAUUGACGAGUAUGGAAAAGGCUAUGUGCACUUCAACUUCACUGUGAAAAGUUUGGAUGGCACGGUUCAUUUGUUCUUCGCUGACGUACAUCCUGACUGUAGAGAAGUUGAAGAUGUUUAUCACUGCACUGCUCUGAACACGAUUGAUUCUGGUCAUUGUAUUGGGUGCAAGGAUCGAGCAUCAGAUCUUCACCAUCCUAAUGAUGGUGGCUACUUGGGUGGGCACAAAGACGUAGGAUUUCCAUUUAUGGAGUAUGAUGAUAGUGAUUCAGCUGGUGAAGAUGAAUGGCGGACAAUGAUUGGGUUGAGUGAAGGUGAUAAGUAAUAAUGUAGGAUUUCCCUUUGUGGAGUAUGAUGAUAGUGAUUCAGCUGGUGAAGAUGAAUGGGCGACAGUGACUGGGUAGAGUGAAGAUGAUGAGUAUAAUGUAUUCUGCUAGCGUGGAAAAAAAAUAUUUAUAAGACAUGGAUCUUCAGGUCUAUUCUGUUUUCUUAUUUUCUUGUGGUGGAAUCUACUCUUUUUUUUUCUGGAUGCGGAGGAAUCUACUUUGUGCAAAGGGCCCUGGAGCGUCAUUAGCUAGAGUUGUAAUUUUAGAGUUGACAAUAGUUUUUGAGCCAGUAUUAUGAGUUGUGCACGUGUAUUUUAUUCAUCAUUUCCUAAUGUAAGAUGCUUGUGCGUAA